AUGCCGGGCAUGAUGGACAAAGGUUCCGAGUAUUUGGGCAAGGCUCGCUCCAACGGUACCAAGAGUCCGUCCAACGCUUCCAACGGACACUUGACGGACGAAAGCGGCAGUGACGACGAGCACGAUGUCGGGAUGCGAGUGGGAGCCGACUAUCAGGCCGCUAUUCCCGACUUGGAGGCCGGUUCCAGCAAAUAUUCGGAGAAGGACACCGGCGGCAUGUUGGUGUGGUCGCCUACCCACGACAUCGAAGACUCCAAACUGGAUGAGUAUAUCGCCCUGGCUAAAGAGAAGCACGGCUACAACGUGGAGCAGGCGCUGGGGAUGCUCUUCUGGCACAAACACAACAUCGAGAAGUCUUUGGCCGACCUCCCCAACUUUACGCCUUUCCCGGACGAGUGGACGGUGGAGGACAAGGUGCUGUUCGAGCAAGCCUUCAGUUUUCACGGCAAGAGUUUUCACCGCAUCCAGCAGAUGCUUCCAGAUAAGUCCAUCUCCAGUCUGGUCAAGUACUACUACUCGUGGAAGAAGACCCGCUCCAGAACCAGCCUGAUGGACCGCCAGGCUCGUAAAUUGGCCAGCAGGAGCAACCAGGGCGACAGUGACGAGGAGAUGGAAGAGCCCAACGCCGCCGAACCAAACGACAGUGACUACGACCCCAACAGGGAAGCCAAGAAAGAGCAGAACCCGGCGGCGGAGCCAGGCGGCGCCGCCGCACCGGCCUCUAAGUCGACACCUGGCAGACGGGAGCACCAGACGCUCCAGCACCGUCAUCACCAGCGCUCGCGCUGCCGUCCCCCGAAAGGCAUGUACCUGACCCAGGAUGACGUGGUGGCCGUGUCCUGCAGCGCCGCCGCCGCCAACGCCCUUCUGCGCCAGCUGGACAUGGAGCUGGUGUCCCUCAAGAGGCAGGUUCAAAACGCCAAACAAACCAACAGCGGACUCAAGCACUUCUUGGAUCCAGGAAUCAAUGACUUCCGCCUUCCUGAGAGCGCUCAGAAGGUGAAUGCUCGCUGGACCACCGACGAGCAGCUGCUCGCCGUUCAAGGAGUCAGGAAGUACGGCAAAGACUUCCAGGCCAUCGCCGACGUGAUCGGCAACAAAACGCUAGGACAAGUCAAGAACUUCUUCGUCAACUACCGGCGCCGCUUCAACCUGGAGGAGGUGCUGCAGGAGUGGGAGGCGGAGCGAGGCGACGGGGGCGGCGAGGAGUCCAAGAACGCUUCGGCCACACCUUCCGGGAAGAGCACGGACGACGAGGACGACGAGACUCAGGCGGCGUCGGGAGGGUCCCCCGCUGCGGCGGCGGCGACCUCGUCCCGGUGCCAGGGCGGUGGCGUGUCGGGCCCCGCCUCCUCUCUCCAGCAGCAGCCGCCGCCCCUGCUGCGGCCCUCGCUGCCGGCCACGCCCUCCCUGCACCGGCAGCCGCCGCCCCUCCAGCAACAACAGCCUCGCCCCGCCCCUCAGCAGCAGCAACAACAGCAGCAGCCGCCGCCCCUCAUUCGCCCCUCUGACCCCCCUCGUCUCAAUCCCCGUCCCCCGGUCGGCCAGCGCUCGCCGGCGGCGGCGACGCUCCAGCCGUCGGACGGUGCCUCGUCUUCCUCCCUCCACUGA